CUUCGCCCGCGAGCGGUUUGGACCUUGUGGGAGCGGCUGCGGCCACGAGGGAGCGGCGGCGGCUGGGUCGGCGGCUGGGUCGGCGGCUGGUGGCCUGCAGCAUUCGUCCGCAUUCGCGAUGAGUUUACCCCUCAAUCCCAAACCUUUCCUCAAUGGACUAACAGGAAAGCCAGUGAUGGUGAAACUUAAGUGGGGAAUGGAGUACAAGGGCUACCUGGUAUCUGUAGAUGGCUACAUGAACAUGCAGCUUGCAAAUACAGAAGAAUACAUAGAUGGGGCAUUGUCUGGACAUCUGGGUGAAGUUUUAAUAAGGUGUAACAACGUCCUUUAUAUCAGAGGUGUUGAAGAAGAAGAAGAAGAUGGGGAAAUGAGAGAAUAGCAUCUUUUGUUGGGGACUUUUUAAGUGUAUAUUUCUAGACAAUAAAGAUGGUUUGUUUUUCA